GGACGUAUACAAAACGGGAAUUAGAAGUGAUGAUUUCUUUACGAAUCACCGCACUUUUGAAAAGGUUUCAUUCAUAAGUGACAAUGUCGGCCAGUCGGAAAGCUACAGAAGAGCUGAUACGUACAAUAUGUCUGUAGAUCAUGCGAAGAACACUGAGAAGAUCGUAGACCUUGAAGAGAGGGAGUUACAAGAAGCUCCAGAAAUGAUGGCGACGGUGAUAUCUUCUCAGACGGCGUCAUCUAUGUCUGUAGAAGAGAUCUUGAAACAGUUUAACACUCACGGGGCUAAUGGCCUUCCCAAUGAUGAGAUUGAAAGGCGCCGAAUGCUCCAUGGAUGGAACGAAUUCGAUGUUUCUGAAGAGAUACCACUAUGGAGGAAGUACCUGGAUCAGUUUAAAGAGCCCAUGAUACUUCUACUGUUAGCUUCUGGAUUUGUUAGUAUUUGCAUGGGUCAGUAUGACGAUGCCUUCAGCAUUACAGUAGCCAUUCUUAUUGUAGUUACAGUAGCAUUUAUACAGGAAUAUAGAUCUGAUAAAUCAGUGGAGGAGAUAUCAAAACUAGUACCACCUCAAUGCCACUGCAUCCGUAAUGGCAAAUUAUAUGAUUUUUUGGCACGGAGYCUUGUUCCUGGUGACUURGUUUGUAUAUCAGUUGGCGACAGAGUUCCAGCAGAUAUAAGACUCAUUGAGGCCGUAGACCUUCAAAUAGAUGAAUCUAGUUUUACKGGUGAAGCUGAGCCUUCAAUCAAGAUGAUUAAACCAGACCCAACAGAGUCUAAAAUAUCCUUAAGUAGAAAUAUUGCUUUUAUGGGGACACUGGUCAGAAGUGGUAGAGGAAAGGGUGUGGUGAUUGGUAUUGGAGAAAAUUCAGAGUUUGGAGAAGUAUUUAAACUCAUGAAAGCUGAAGAGCCCCCAAAAACACCUCUUCAAAAAGACAUGGAUGUUUUAGGAAAACAGUUGUCGUUUUAUUCUCUUUGUAUUAUAGCUUUAAUUAUAUUACUGGGUUGGCUGCAACAGCGUAAAAUCUUGGAAAUGUUUACUAUUGGUGUUAGCCUGGCUGUAGCUGCCAUCCCAGAAGGUCUUCCUAUAGUUGUUACAGUAACACUAGCCCUUGGUGUUAUGAGAAUGGCUAAAAGAAGUGCCAUAGUUAAAAAAUUACCCAUAGUAGAAACACUAGGAUGCUCCAGUGUAGUGUGUUCUGACAAGACUGGUACAUUAACCAAGAAUGAGAUGACGGUAUCUCAGAUAUUUACUGCUGAUGGAUGUUUUGCUCAGGUUACUGGCGURGGUUAUAACCUGGAGGGUGAUGUUACAAUAAAUGAUGAACCAAUUUCUGUUCAUGAUAACAUGUCUGUGUCCAAGUUGGUUGAGACUGGGUUACUAUGCAAUAAUGCACAUAUAAGGAAUGGUCGGCUGUAUGGUCAACCAACAGAGGGCGCCAUAGUAACAGUUGCAUACAAGCUCGGCUUUCAUGAUAUCAGAGAGGACUAUGUUCGAACAGAUGAAAGACCAUUUAGCUCUGAGAAGAAGCUCAUGGCAGUGAAAUGCAAAAGGCAUUCUCCUAACAAGGCAAUGGCAGAUGUAGCAAGAGAGCAAUACUACGUGAAAGGAGCUCCAGAGAACAUCAUACGACAAUGUACCUCUUACUACAAGGAUGGAGCCAUUCUUCCUCUUACUGCCAAAGAUAUAGAGAGAAAUGGAGAUGCAGCGAUGGCCAUGUCUUCUUGUGGUCUUAGAGUGAUUGCAUUUGCAACCGGAGAAGACUUACAGCAGUUGACAUUCCUUGGUUUCGUGGGGCUGCUAGAUCCACCAAGGCCUGGUGUCAAGGAUGCCGUAAGAACACUCCAAGACAGUGGYGUACAUGUUAAAAUGAUCACUGGAGACUCAAGGGAAACUGCUAUCUCUAUAGCUGAGAUGCUAGGAAUACAUUCACCUGGACAACCUACAUUAUCAGGAGAUGAACUGGAAGCCUUGGAUUCCUUUCAGUUGUCAUCAGUCAUAAACCAGGUUACAGUUUUCUAUCGUGUGAGCCCUCGUCACAAGGUUACAAUAGUCAAGGCUCUUCAAGAACACGGCCAUGUUGUAGCCAUGACAGGUGAUGGUGUGAAUGAUGCAGUUGCUUUAAAGCGUGCCGACAUUGGUGUYGCCAUGGGUAAGACUGGUACUGACGUCAGCAAAGAAGCUGCUGGAAUGAUCCUAGUUAAUGAUGAUUUCAAUACCAUUUUGGCUGCCAUUGAAGAAGGAAAAGGAAUCUACUACAACAUCAAGAAUUUUGUACGMUUUCAGCUAAGCACGAGCAUUGCUGCUAUCUCUCUUAUAACUAUUUCAACAUUCCUCAAGCUACCAAAUCCUCUAAAUGCUAUGCAGAUACUUUGGAUUAAUAUUAUUAUGGAUGGACCGCCAGCACAGAGUCUUGGUGUGGAACCUGUCAAUCGUGAUGUCAUGAGAAAGCCGCCACGCAACGUUAGGGACCCCAUGAUCACAAGGUCUCUUCUUCUUAAAGUGUUGGUUGCGUCAACUUUAAUAGUGACAGGAACGUUAUGGAUGUUUUGGAGAGAGAUGAGAGACAAUGUGAUCACAAGACGRGACACCACCAUGACGUUCACUUGUUUUGUAUUUUUUGAUAUGUUUAAUGCCCUCAGUUGCCGCUCACAGGAAAAGUCGAUUUUCAAAGUUGGGUUCUUCAAAAACCGGUUUUUCCUGAUUGCAGUUGGAGGCUCUCUWAUUGGUCAAAUGCUUGUCAUAUAUUUCCCCCCUCUUCAAGCAGUGUUUCUUACAGAAGCUCUUAGCAUCAYGGAUCUACURCUGCUAAUCCUUGUUGCUUCUUCKGUGUUCUGGGUAGAUGAGCUUAGAAAGUUYAUCUCUAAAAGAAUGUCGCGGGACCGCAAAGACAAAUAUCAGAAAAUGUACCCUGUUUAGUGUAAAUAGACUGCCUUAAUAUGUACGWUUAUAUUCUUGUUAGACUGUGUAAUGAAAUUGAGGCUCAUUUAAACCCAAGUGCCUCGUUUUGAUGCCAUUUGAUAGGUCUACAUUCUGUUGUGAAUGCAAAGCAUCGCAAAAUUUGCCACAAUAUAACAACAAGAAAUAUAUUUAAAAGUAGGUAAAACUGAAAGACUGUACGCUACUACUUGAUUUGCAAUGUAUUGUGGGAUCGGUCUCUGGAGAAAACAGAAGAAAUCCGCCAUGUUUUGUCCCAAAACAUAUCCUACAAUGCAUUGCGUUUACCGUAUAUGACGUCAAAGCUUCAGAGGUCUAUUCCUGGAAGGAAAUGAUAUUGCAAAAAUUGCAAUGUUAAAUAAUGAGRCUGUUGUCUUUAUAAAAAAGUAAUAGAAAUCAUAGUGGAAGGAUGUCUUUGUUAACCAAUUUUAUGGGAUAUGAAAUAUAAUUUCCUAACUUUAGUUAAGGACGAUUUUGAUCUAUAGAAUAAUCAUGUCAGACUUGUUAACCAGAUGACUCAAAUUGCUUUUUAGUCCAAAAUAUAUCCUAAUAUAUAUAUCUCCAAAAGAUAUCCUAAUUGCUCUAUUUGGUUAUUACGUCAUAUCAAAACAUUCUAUUGUUUUAACGCYAAAAGAGAGAGAGGGGAUCAGAGUGACUGCAUAUCAAAUAAAAUGUAGAUGAGCUAUCAUUGAUACAUCACGUAUGUCAAAAUUCGAUAUAUUGAAGUUCUACUUUCGGAUGGAAUAUAAAUGGAUGCAAAUUCCCACUGUUUUUGAGCAUCUAUCCAGCCGAUGUAAACAUCCUAUGACGUCAUAAUGAAAUAGGGUAAUUUGAAUUUUACUUUUUCAGAGUUAUCAUAAUUGGGGAAGCUGAUUUUUAUUAAAAUAAUGUUAUGAUGAUAUAUAAUAUUUAAUAUAUGAUAAAAUCUACUUUUUUCUGCUUCCCUUAGUUUUUUCUGCUUUUAUGUUUGUACUAAAAGACCCUGGACAUGACUUUCUCACGGACUUAAUAUAGAUCAGGAUUUUGAAGAGCAACUAUUUGUUACAAUUUAGAUUUUUUUAUUUUGACAAUAUGGAACACUGAAUUCAUGAUUAAAUUAUUUAAUCCUGAACAUUAGUUUAUCUACAAAAUAGUGACAAAUAAUGUUGAUAUUGUAAUGUGCAUAGUUCCACGUAAAUAUUUCAAUAAACGACUUUUCUAAA